GCUGGAGCUGGAAACGGCUGGCCGAGGGGCAGCGGGGCUUCGAGGCUGCCGGGCGGGGAGCUCCGAGGGGCGUGGGUGGGCGCGCCGGUCCCACUGAGGCUGUUGGCCCAUAGGGCGCCUCUGCGUACUUACUAAAUGGGAGGUGAUGCUGGGGACGGAGAGCUGGGGCCCGCUACUGGGGGCCUGGGCCCCGGCCAGGCCACCUUCGCCACAGCAGACCCCAGUGGUCCAGAGACAGAGGCUGAGACGGCCACGGAUCGACUAGCCAGUGGAGCCCAGAGCGUCGCUCCUGAGGUUCCUGCCCAGGGCGAAGGCAGCCAUUCUGAGGAGGAAGGCCUUGCUGGGGACGAGGAGGAGUCCGACGGGGAACCGACUGCCUGGGAGGUGCCGGAGGGCAGGCGCUGCUGGCCCACGGAGCACAGCGCCGAGCUUUGUAGCGAGGACUGGGACCUGGAGUUGCAGGCGGAGCAAGGGAAUCCCUACGAUGCCGACGACGUCCAGGGGAGCAUUUGUCAAGAGGUGAAGCCCUGGGUGUGCUGUGCCGCGCGGGGAGACAUGAUCUACGACCCCAGCUGGCACCACCCGCCGCCGCUCAUCCCCCACUACUCCAAGAUGGUCUUCGAAACAGGACAGUUUGACGAUGCUGAAGACUGACAGGGCACCUCCCGCCCUGGGAGCAGACGGCUCCUUGGCCGUCCCUGAGGUGAGAGGCCACGCCUGAGCCAACUCUGCCAGUGCCCUGCGUCCGGGGUGCACGGACUGGUGCGAGAUAAGGUCCCACCACUUUCCCCACUCCUGUUGCUGUUUUUAAUGGAUUCCUCCUUGGAAGGUGCGGACACUCAUGUCCGCAUCAGGAGGAGACGUGCUCUCGUGUGUUUAUAAAUAAAGGCAGGAAAAACAGUC